AUGGGCCGCGAAAGACAAAAGAAGAAGAACAGGUCGUCGAAACCGAAGGUUCGGCCGCAUACGCACCGAACCAAGGCUGGCAAGAAGAAGGUCAAUUUCCUAGGCAAUGAGACCAUUGCGCAAAAUUGGGAUCGCAAACUCACAGUUGCACAAAAUUAUAAACGGCUGGGCCUUUCCUCAAGACUAAACGCCGUAACUGGUGGUACCGAAAAGAGAAGGACAGAAGAUGGCAAGAUCGAAAGCGAGCCCAGAGAUCCCCUUAUCAUCGCCGGACCACAAGUGACCGGGAAGAUAGCCACCCAGGAGGUGCAGGUCGAAAGAGAUUCAGAAACUGGGCGGAUAGUCAGAGUUAUCCGGCCGGACAGCGACAAAGCCCCCAACCCGUUGAACGACCCGCUUAACGACAUCAUGGACGUGGACACUGAGCGAUCCGAGAAGAAGCAUAAGUCGGCCGUGGUUGCCCAGCUGGAAGCCCAGGUUGCCGAAGAAGAAGAGCUCCUGGCGAAGAGAAAACGACCGAGGAAGCAGAGCCAAAGAGAGGAAGAAUGGAUCGCACGGCUGGUAGAAGUCCAUGGCGACGAUAUCAGAGCCAUGGCCAGAGACCGUAAACUCAACCCUAUGCAACAAUCAGAAGGCGACAUCAGCAAGCGGAUCAAGAAGUGGAAAGCCUCUCGAGAAGCGGAAGCAACGACGUGA